AUGCGAAAGUUGGUCUCCUUUAUCCUGUGCGGCUUGGUUGUGCUGUACGUCCUUGUAUCACCAGCGGACUCCAAGGAUAUGGGCGAAUCUGUCUGCUUACUGCAGAAUGCACCAGUUCAGUGCAGCCACUUUUGCUUGGCCGCACUCAGACCUAUAACCGAUGGGAUUCGUGGGACCCAGGACAAAUUGGACAGGCUAGAAUCGAAACUUCUGGCGGUGGAGAAUUUGCUUUCCAGCCACACCAGACCUAUAACCGAUGGGAUUCGUGGGACCCAGGACAAAUUGGACAGGCUAGAAUCGAAACUUCUGGCGGUGGAGAAUUUGCUUUCCAGCCACACCAUCCCGCUAGAGGUCUUUGAGAAGAGACUGACUCUGGUAGAAGGCCAACUUCAAGAGAGUCGAACCCUCCAAGAUGCGCAUCCAGAUACCCUUACCAAGAUUUACUCAAAAAUCCCACCGGUCUUCGAGCGCAUUGGCUCAAGGGUAUUUGCGGGCAUAUUCAACUGGGGUUGA